GGCGGCGGUGGAAGCGCCCAGUCUGCACUUAGUGUGUGCGCGGGACGGUGGCCACCGGCAUGCGAUGAGCGCGCCAUGGAAGCCAUGGACACCUGGGUGAACCCGCCCGUGCAGUGGCACGCCGUGGAUGCCAGCUGGAGCGCCGCCGACGCCAAAGACGUUCACGAUAUGGUGACGAUGAUGUCGCGGGCGGAGGGCCGCGUCAAGGAGGAGGUGGAGCCGCUGUGCUCGCCGUCCAACAGCGGCGGCAGCCUCUACUCGCCGUGCACCACGACGGCGCUGCCCGGCGACCUUGCUGAUGAAGCAGUGGCAAGGAACGAUAUGCCUGCCUGCGUAAAGGUAGAAUUUUGUGAAGAAGAGGGGCAGAGGUACAAUGUCUCAGGCACGUGUUCACCAAGUGGAGGAAGUCCUGACAGGCAAUACUGCAGCUCCACAACACAACCUGGUCCUGGCAAUGCUGAAGAGGGCAUGAAGGAGGAGGAUCUUCCAAGAAGACUGUGCUUAGUUUGUGGAGAUACAGCAUCAGGGUUCCACUACGGUGUUGCCUCUUGUGAGGCGUGCAAGGCUUUCUUCAAGAGAACAAUUCAAGGUAACAUUGAGUACACCUGCCCUGCAUCAAAUGACUGUGAAAUAAACAAGCGUCGACGUAAAGCAUGUCAAGCCUGUAGGUUCCAGAAGUGCUUGCGAAUGGGUAUGCUGAAGGAAGGUGUGCGUUUAGAUAGAGUGCGAGGUGGGCGGCAGAAAUACCGUCGAAAUCCAGACACAUUGUUCCCAAGUACUCAACCUCAACACUUCUCUAUGCAACCUGGGAAACCAGCACCAACACUUGAAGAUAACAAAAUUUUAGAAGCAUUAUCAGCUUGUGAACCUGACAUGCUGUCUGCAUCUCCGGACACAACAGUAUCUGAUCCUGACUUACGGACAAUAAGCACCCUUAGUGACCUUUAUGACCGUGAGCUUGUGGGCAUCAUUGGCUGGGCUAAGCAGAUACCUGGAUUCAUGGAAUUGUCACUGAAUGAUCAGAUGAGGCUACUUCAGAGUACAUGGGCAGAAAUCCUUACUUUAACACUGACCUUUCGAUCACUUACAUCUGGUGGUCGCCUCAGGUUUGCAUUGGAUUUCAGUCUAGAGGAACAAGCUGCACGUGAUUGUGGUGCCAUUGAGCUUUAUCAGCAUUGUAUGCAGGUUAUAGAGCGACUACAAGCUGUCUCAGUCAGUAAGGAAGAAUAUUAUCUACUCAAGGCACUUGUGCUGGCAAAUUCAGAUGUGCACAUGGAUGAUGCUGUGUCACUAAAGAGGUUUCGUGAUAGCAUUUUAUCAGCACUGAGUGACUGUGUUGCAGUCAUCAGGCCAGGAUCACCAUUACAUCACACACAACACCUGUUACUGCUACUGCCUGCCUUGCGUCAAGCAGAUCACGUCGUUAGACGCUUCUGGAGCAUGGUGAACCGUGAGGGAAAGGUACCCAUGAAUAAACUCUUUGUUGAGAUGCUGGAAGCAUGUUUUCGAUGAAGGAGUCCACACAGAGCUGCCUUGUAAAUGGUGUGAUGAACCCAAUCUGUAUCUCGUGCCUUUGUCAGUCAUUGUCUGCACAUUAUUAAGAUUAUCAAAAGUAAAAUGCAGCUUCCUAAAAUUGUAUCUGCAUUGUUCAUAGAAUUAUCAUAACAUGCAGUUUUACUGUUGACAUUUGGUUAAACAAAUGAAACAUUUGGAAGCUGCUCAUGUACAUGUGGGAUUUAUUAUUUGAAUUGUUGUAAUUACUUUAGAUUUUUGUGCAGUUACAGUUUUUAACAACCUUUUUCCAUCCCCAGUUACAAAAAUACUGCGAGAAAUUCUUUGAUCCUUUCAAAAUAAUUUGUUGUUCUCCAGCUAAAGUCUUGUUUUAAAAUGUAGUAAUUACGUAUCAUAAUGUGUAGCAUUAAUAGUUUUGUCACACUACUGCAAAAAUAUAUAUUACAGACAACCGUGGCUGCUACUUACAUAGGAAAAUUUGAAAAUCUCAUAACAUGUAAUACGAAGUGUUGUUAUUAUUGGAGUUACACAUAUCCUCAGAAUUAGAUGUUAUUGAUUUGUUACACUGUAAUGUAAGACCAACUAUAGGUUUAUUUUUUGAUAAUGUUGGGAAUGGCUGAUGAGCAAAAGUUAACCACACCAUUAUGAAGCUCCUCUUUGUCCAUUGUGUUUCAUCUCUUGUUUCAGAAUUUUUUAGUACUCUACCUUGUACCAUAUAUGUGUGUAAGUGGUUUGCUCUAGGUAUGUGUGCUAGAUGUACAGAACUGAAUAUUUAAGAGACAGGCCUAAUGGGGCAGCAUAAUAGAGUGAACCACAUCUUGAAGAAGUCAAGAGCAGCAAAUUGCAGUGUUUAACAAAGGAAAAACACAGAAGAAAUGAUACUGUUAAAAUACAGUGAAUUAUGAGUGAUAUUUAUAGCAUACAAACUGAAUUGGGGGCUUGUUUGAGCGUUGUGAUGUAACAUUUCUUGUCUGUCCUUUGUUCUGUGUUUUUCCUUAUUCAUUUCAUGGUUCUGUGUUGCAGGUUAAACACAUUAUAAUCUUGUGCUCAAAUGUUUAUCUGAAGUGAAAAAUCAAACGUAAAAAUUGAUUCAGAUUUGUCAUUUGGGAGUACUUCUUGUGAAGUUGCAGUGUUCCUUUUUUUCCUUUUAAUAACUGACUACAAAAUUAGUUCAUGUUUUGCAACAGAGUAUUUCAGAUGAAAAGAUUCAACAUGCUUAAUUUGUUGUAGCAUCUUUGAAGUAGCUCAACAUUUUUCAAACUUGAAUUUGUGAAGUCAUUCUCAUAAAGUUGCUGUUACUAGAAAUUUCAGCAAACUGUUUGUUUGGUCUACAACUAUUAGCUUUAAGGUUUUGUAAUUCAAUGUAAAUGUAAAUAUUCAUCAUCAUUAGUUAGGUCGAUAGCUUGUUCCAAAAUAUCUAUUGCUGCCUUCAUGACGGCUCGGGUAUGGUAUAAAAUAUUUCAAAUCCUCUUCAAUAUGAAAAAGAAUUCAUAGUUCUGAAAUGUAGGAGAAUGAAUAUUAAUGGUGGCAGUUUGUAAAAGAUCAGCCUGUAGUAUGAUGAUGUGUAUUGUUGGCUAUAAUCUGACAUUUUGUGCAGAAUGAUUGUGAUGUGUUUUUUAAAACUAACAGUGUACCCAGUAUGAAAUGUGUUCUGAUGUAAAACAAGAAUAUGCUGAAAAGUUGACAGUAUGAGUUUGUGCACAACAAAUAAAGAAACAUAUGUAUUAAAUGUGGGGAGGCAAACAUAUGAGAAAGUUGCGAUAGCAGUUACUUCUCCACCAUAGCUGGAAUGGAAUGCAAGAAAGAAAAUUGGAAGCUAGGGAUACAUCUGUCUCUACCCAAUUUGUUGGAUGAAUUUUAAGUUCUCAUAUUGUCAACAUAGUUGUGGGAAAAAAAAGAUGUAUUCCCCCACGAUAAUUUUAAUCCACUUUUCAGGCUGUUACAUAAUACAUAAUAUAUGGUUUGAAAACAGAUAAUACUCUGUGUAAACGUGACAACUGGCUGUGAUGUUAGUUCUUUUGAAUCUGCAGAAAUUGACUUCAAAAUAGUUUGUUUUAUUGUCAGAGGGAAAACAAAAUUUAUAUUUGUUGAUUAGUAGUUAGCUCUUAUGGCAGGUCUGUGCACACAUAAUUAUAUGGAUCAAUUCACAGUGGUACAUCAGUUCAAAUGAAGUUGUUUAUAUCAAUCUUUGUUUUAUGAUGCAAAGGUCUUUUGUAAUUAGGAAACAAUGUUUCAUUUCACAUCACCCUUAAAGUAAACAUGCAGACUGAAGAUCUGUUAAUGCCAAGACAAUAAAAACUGUGUCUUUGCUUGCACACAAAACAUAUUGUUCAAAAUGUAAAUAGUGAUUGUGCAAAAGAAACGAAAGAAAAUAUUUAUUAAUGUUGUUGUGCCAGGCAAACUUUAACUUUUUUAAAAGACUUAACCAUUGUUAUAUCUUACUUUCUGUACUUCUAAAGCCAUUUUCAUCAGGACUGUAAUCAAAGGAAAAUAUUGAAUGUCUGCUGCUCUGAUUUUAUAUUAUUUUGUUAUCACCUACCCUUAGAAUAGCAUGAUUUCUGUUCCAGAGUGAUACAUAUUUUUCAAAUGCUUGACUGUCUUAUAGUUGCUGAUUGGUGAGCCACCACAGUCUGAUAAGCCUUGUUCAGUCAUAAGAACUAAGUGCAAUGUAAAACAAGUGUUGAAAUAUGCAACAUGGUCUACAUAAUUCACAAUUUCUGAUUUGAAAAUCUCUCUCUUUUUCUGCUACUUCUGGUACUCCAUGUGAUUAAUAUUUAGAUUUUCAAGAGUGACAAUUCCUCUUCUGUAAUGCACUGCUUAGGGAGAGAACAUGAUUAUAAACAUCUGUUUAUAGUUUUCACAUUUACAAAAAUUUCAUAUGUGGAGCUAAUUUAUCACUGUAUUCUGCCAAAGAGAUGACUUAGUGGCUACAAAGUGUGUGAAGAAUUCCAUUUAUGCUGAAAAAGUAACCUCUUCCUCUGUCUUAACCAUCCUGUGGAACUUGUAUACAGUUUAAAUGGAAGUAUUCUUAGUUGGACUUAAUGUCACAAAGUACAGUUCAUGAAGAAAUUUGAUCACUGCCAUAGUAUCAUCAGACUAUGAGAAGCAUUGUAUUUUUUGAAAUAUGGUGUAUAUUUGUUGAUCACCUUAUCAAAAUUGUGUUUAUGGUAGUAUAAAUAGUGUGUUUCUCUUUUGUUGAUUCUAACCUCAAUAUCUGAUAAUGCAUGGUGACAAUUGACACAUUUAUUCAACCUUCUUGACAUAGCUGCAAAAUGGAACUGCUUGUACCUGCAGAAUACAGCUGGGUAAUUUAUAUCCAUUUCCCUGUAACAGUGAUAAGUAAUUGUGUUUCAUCAUACUACAGAUUCACAAGUGUGCAUCAGAAUCUAACAUCAGAAUGAAACUCCCCACAUUUUGAAGAGACAAAUUUUCUUGGGAAAGAGACUGAGUUAAUUAUUUUACCUAAAAUCCUGUGAACUACAGCAGUUUGUAUAGUUAUAUUUGUAUACUAUUGUACAGAGCAAUACUUUUUUUGGAGUAAAACUGACUUAACAUAUGCAAAAAAAUUUCACAAAACGUGCAUCAUUUUCAUGUUUCAAACCACUUAUUACAAACCAAAAUGGAGUGGAUAUAAGGAUUCUGGAAUCUUAUGAAACAAUAAAUUUGUGUAUGAACAUGUGCAUAAAAAUGAGAAAAGAUUCUCUUGCUUUCUCACUCGUCUGUAAUAUCCUUGUCACUGAAGUGAUAUUGUCUCCAAUUUUCAUUAAUGAUGAUGUCCAUUGCUUAUUCAUAGUUUUGCAUAUUAUUAUUUCUGAAGUACAGGCCAUUCACUGACACUCUCAGCUACAUAGUAAUCACUGUACCAUACUGCAUAUCACAUUCCAUCAAACUAUGCUAUUCAUGGCCAGUAUUUGUGUAUUUGGUGAUUUUUGUUUUGUAAGUGGUAGGCUUAGGUCGAAGACAUAUCUCUCUGCCAAAUGUUUUAUCUUCAAUGCUGGAGAUGUCAUCUGAGGCUGGCUGAGCUUGUAUGAGAUUGUAACUGCGUUCAUCUGAGCUGUUAUUUCAUCUGAGGAUGUCUUGCAGCAUUGGAAUAUGAAAUGUUAGGCUGAGAAAUACACUUUGGACUAUGGCCCAAUGUCCAUAAAACAAAAAUCACCAAACUAUAAGACAUCGUUAUCAUGUAAUUCUAAAAACAGAAAUUCACAUUUAGUUAAUAUAUCAGAAAUAAUGUAUGUAUAUCAGAAGAACACUGCACAAAAUAUGUCAUUAACUUUCAGGUAUAUCAUUAUUAUCAGACUGUGGUAACUAUAUUCAUAAGAGAUUCAUUUUUAGGUAUUUUUAUCAUUCUAUUUUGUAUAUUUGAUUGUAUGAGAAUGAAGUCUCUUACUCAAGAGAUUAUGUGUUAUGUCAAUUAUAUGUGACAAAAUCAAAAUUGCAUGUCAGACCAGAAUUAUAACUCAGAUUUCUGCCUUUUUUAGGCAGUAUGUUAUUAAUUGUACCAAAAAAGAAAGAUACCUUGACCAGUUGAAUCAUUGUAAUGGUGUUAGAGUUGAUGAUGGGUGGUGUAAUUGAUUGGACACUGCCUGCCAAAGGCAAUCUGAUUUUGAAGUUUUAACUUGUCAUAUAAAGUCAUCAGCAUUUAGGUUUGCACAAAGAAUAUUUUAAUGAUAUAAUAAUUAUUUAACCUCCUGUAUCCCAAUCGUAAUGACAUAUAAGGUCUUGCUAAAAGUUUCAUGUGAGAUAUUUAAUACAGGGUAUUUGUGGAACUUGACCAUUCAAAAUUUUCAUGAAGUGUCCCAUAAUACUUAUAUACUAAAUCAUUAUGGAAAAAGUAUUCUUUUUGAAAUUAUGGCAUUAAUUAAUGUUAUAGUGAAAGGGGUAUCAAUUUGUUGUAAAAGUUCAGAGAACUUGUACUUAAUAACACUCAUGGACACGUCUUGAUUUAGCUGUGUGUCUUCUUCCCAUUGUUUACAGGCAUCUGUUGCAUUUAGUUUCUGUUGCUACAAUUAUUAUUGUUAGUUUUGGUUUAUGUUGACAUAUAAAAAUUUCUCUUGAAUCUGUCAUGUAUUAUGGUAUAGUUCUCCUGGACUAAAUGAUCGACCUGUAAAGACAUUGGUUUUAAUUGGAAUCGGAGAUUAAAAUUAUCUUGAUAUUUUGUUUGUUUAAAUGAUACUUUUUAGAGCUACAGUUUAUGUAACAGACAUUCAGUAUCUUCAUAGCAAAACCAGAAGUAAUUUCAACUUCUGUAUAAAAAUGUCUUGAAAUCUAUAGAUUAGCAAAACUUCAUAAACACUUUUAGUUUUCUGAUUGAACAUAAUAUAUAAUUAUUAAAGUAUUUCCUGAAAACCAUGUUAUUUUGUAGUUACAUCUGUGCCUAUACUCUGAAAUUCAGUGGUCUUACAAUUUUGAUAUGCCCAAGCCGUAUUUUUCAAUGAGUGUAUAACUUUAGAAAUGAGAUAGCAGAAUUAUGUGCUUCAUAUGUGAUGAAAUUAUAAUGUCAGUAGUUCUGAUCCUAUCCAUAUCUUUUUUCCUUACCAUUUGCUAUGUAGAAAACAAUAUUUUAAUCAUUCAGUAUUUAAGAAAGAUAGGACUUACUUUUUUAUAAAGGAAAAAACCAGAAUCUGGAAAACUGAAGCAAAGGAUGUGCUGCAUAGCAUUAAAACUUAGUACGCAAUCACUGAAAGAUGCUCCAGUUCAAACAGGCUUAAUUAUUUCUGGUAAAAUUUUUUUAGUGCAAGCAGAUCUGUACCAAUAGGCAAUUCUUCUUCUUUUAAACUGUUUAAUUUUGGAUGAUUACUUGUUAGUAAGACAAAAGUAAACAUAGGACACCUAAGAAGAAAGCACUGUGCAUGAAGAGAAGUAGGUUAUAAAAAUUAAUGCUGUUCUCAGCCUUAAUCAUUUUGAAGAUUUUGAAAUUCAGAGCUGCUUCUUUAGUGCAUAGCAAUAGAAACUAAGAAAACAAAACAAUAACGAAAAGGCGUGCAUAAUACUUGGUGAGGGAAAGCAUAAUAAAUGCAGCAUGAGAUACAUUACCAGAACAUUUAUUUUUAUUUCUGUACCGUUAUGUUCUGUCUGUGAUUUCAGUAGUAGUCAUUUAAUCAGUCUCCCUUUAUCACUUCAGAUGUGAUUCAUAAUUAACACAUUUAAUAAAGUACGUGGCAGUGCUGCACAGUGCACGUACUUCUGGUGUGGUUUCCCUUCCAAAUUGUUGUAUUAACACAUUGGUUGUUAAUUCCUUGCUUUAUCUUUAAAGUUUUUUUGUCUCCUAUAAUAUUUGUCUGCAAUGUUUUAAAUCUGCGUACUCUUGUACAGUGCCAUUCUGUUUCAGCCUUAGUGUAGUUUGCUGGUGCUGUCAUUUAUCAGUGCUGCUCCUUUUUUUCUCUAUGUUCCAUAUUCCUUUAAGUAGUUUUUCCAUAUCUUUAUUUGUGCUCUGCCUCAUAUAUUCUUUGAAUGUUGCUCAUCUUCACUGCUUCUGCUGAGCCUAGAAAUAACAGCCUUUGUAGGUUCAAAAUGUGGCUUACUCUUAAUGCUUUGUUAACAUCACAUUUGCUACAUAUUUGAAUGCCUAUCUGUUGAAAUGCAAAAGAUUCUAAGGAAUGUUGUAGUUAAAAAAUGUUUUGUGAGAAUGAUCCUGUAUAUAUGUUUGUCUUUUUAUUUCUGCAGCAAAUAUUUAUAGAUCAGUAUUUUGAAAACUGGUAUAUGAAGAUGAAGAAGGAAGUUCAUACUUAGCAGGAUUUGUUGUAAUUACAGAUCAUCUUACACACGCAGAAAUCAUUAUAUAAAUAUAGGCAGUCUAUUUCCAAUCAAUUUUGUUCUUUUGGCUGAAGCUACAAUGCAGAUUUGAAAAUUUAUACAUGCCUUUCAUUUUUAAGGACACAAAUUGGAAAGUGUUUACCUCAUAGAAUUGGGUGUACUGCAGGUGGUCAGCAUCUUUCCAACACAAUAUUUCGAUGUCAUGACUCAGCGUCUUCACUAGAUGUUUCCCGUCACAGGAAACAGCUGAUGAAGAUGCCGAGUUAUGAUGUUGAAAUAUUGUGUUGGGAAGACAGAAGACAAAAGUACACCCAAUUCCACAAGAUGAUAUGAAUCACCGGGAAAGUCUAAGAAAUUAUUGAUGUCCACUUUGUACAUGCUAGUUCAUUUCAAUCUUUUAUAUUUGUACCUGUUAUUUCUGAUCACUGGUCAGAUAUGUAAAUGUGCAUGUACAUUCCUGAACAGCUUUGAAAUCUAGGUUUUUACAUGAUUGUGAUCCAGUUGAUUCGUUUCUGCACCUUCUUAACUGAGAUUUAAAUUCUGAUGAUUCUGGAAGAAGAAAAUACAAGACUGAAAUUAGUAACAUUACCCAAAAUCCCAUUCUAUGCUAACUCUGCUAGGCAGAAAUGUUUUACAAAAUCCUUUACUCUUGACCACUAAUUUCCCUUGGCUCACAUUAUCUAGAAAUACUUGUCUUCCAUUUUCUCGUUUUGCUACUUCAGUCCAAUGUUGCACAAUACCUAACACCCUACUUGCUGCUUUAGUUUCUCGUCUUCUUUGCUAUUUUAUAUUUUGUGCUGGUCAUCUUCAUAUUUCAUUAGAUUGGCAGUAAGCCUCAAUUUCAGCAUGGUGCACCAUGUGUUUCUUGUCCCUUUCUUCGUUUAAUGUUUCCAUAUAGAAUAAUGCUUUUUCAUUGCUCAGUAGUCACUAAUGUAAUUCCUUCUUCUUCAGACCUGCUUGAAUUAAAAAUCUGAUGUUCAUCAUUGUGGAUACACGAUCAAGGAAAUACUGGAAUUUAUAUAUUUACGUAUUUUUAUUCUGUGUAGGAGUAUAAGUAAUUUAAAAAAGUGUUAUUUCAGGAACACAGCGAGGAAUUUAUUUUUCAUGAUGCAGUUUUCCUUCAAAAUUAGUUUUCCCCUCUUAUUUAAAGUACUGAAAAAUUCUCUGCAUCUUCUUUUAAUUCUUCUUGCUGUUAACACACAUAGCAAAAUGUAUUUAUGGAGAUAUUAUUUAACUUAAAUUGCCAUCAUCAUCAUCAUCAUUUAAGACUGAUUAUGCCUUUCAGCGUUCAGUCUGGAGCAUAGCCCCCUUAUAAAAUUCCUCCAUGAUCCCCUAUUCAGUGCUAACAUUGGUGCCUCUUCUGAUGUUAAACCAAUUACUUCAAAAUCAUUCUUAACCGAAUGCAGGUACCUUCUCCUUGGUCUGCCCCGACUCCUCCUACCCUCUACUGCUGAACCCAUGAGUCUCUUGGGUAACCUUGUUUCUCCCAUGCGUGUAACAUGACCCCACCAUCUAAGCCUGUGCAUCCUGACUGCUACAUCUACAGAGUUCAUUCCCAGUUUUUCUUUGAUUUCCUCAUUGUGGACACUCUCCUGCCAUUGUUCCCAUCUACUAGUACCUGCAAUCAUCCUAGCUACUUUCAUAUCCAUAACCUCAACCUUGUUGAUAAGGUAACCUGAAUCCACCCAGCUUUUGCUCCCAUACAACAAAGUUGGUCGAAAGAUUGAACGGUGCACAGAUAACUUAGUCUUGGUACUGACUUCCUUCUUGCAGAAGAGAAUAAAUUGUAGCUGAGCGCUCACUGCAUUAGCUUUGCUACACCUCACUUCCAGUUCUUUCACUAUGUUGCCAUCCUGUGAGAAAUGCAUCCUAAGUACUUGAAACCGUCCACCUGUUCUAACUUUGUUCCUCCUAUUUGGCGCUCAGUCCAUUUAUAUUUCUUUCCCACUGACAUUACUUUCGUUUUGGAGAUGCUAAUCUUCAUACCAUAGUCCUCACAUUUGAAAAGCAUUUAUAUUAAGAGUGAAAAUAACAUUAUCUUUAAUAGGCAGUCCAAGAGACAUACACAAUUGUGCACAGUGUAUCCAAGGUUACAUUUUUCAUAUUACUUGCUUUCUCUACCUGACCCAUCCCAUUUCAAGCCUUUUCAAAGCGGCCUCAGCAUGUGACAUUCUUGAUUUGAAAUUAAACCAAAUUGAUUCCAGGAUUUGUCUGAUCAGAAAAAUCAUUGAUUUUUUAUUUACAACUUGGUGAAUUGGAGCAGUCUGUUGAACUAUCUAGUUCUGAAAAUUGAGGCUAAGUUUAUGUAUCACAUACUGAGGUAGCAAAUAGAAGGAACUGUAUUGUAAUUAUGUGUAUGAAAAUAAUUCAGCUACCAUUUGAAUUGCAGAGUAUUGGUGUGGAUGUAGACGGAAACCAUGUCCUAAAAACAUGUGUUAUUGUUUUGCAAUUUGGUGUUGGAUAUAGCGGAUUAUAUCACUCUGUGAGGAAGGAAAUGUAACUGGUGUUUGAAGAAAUAUUGCAUUCAGUUUUUAGUAAUGUUAUCUGAACUCUUUCAGUGCUUUAAUAUUGGGAGUGAACUGCCUGCCUGAAACCCAAUAUGUGAACUAGGUAUAUGUCUGUGAGGUCUACUAAUUGUGCACUUGCCUGUUCUGGUGGUGCAGAUGUACAAACCCUUAAUUCUCUUUCUGUUUCUCUAUGUUCAUUACGUAAUUGCUACAGUUUUUCUCCCUGGUCUUCUUUAUUUUCUAUUUUUACAUCACUGUGUGUAAUAAAAAAUAAAUUUCCUGAAGACAGUUCAUAAGUAAAAGUUUAAAACUGAUUGAUACACUCAGAGAAGACUUACUAAAGAAGAACGAAAAAUAAUUUGUUAACCGACGUGUCUCUCAAACUGAGUGCGCAACAGUUAAGUUGCAAACACUCAUGUAUUACCCAUAAAAACUCUUCAUGUAGAUAUUUCAAUGCUCUAUUACAUUUCUUUCUUUUAUUUCAAAUCAUUAAUCUCUGUCUUAAACAGAUAUGUGAAAAUGACUUCAGCUUCUGCUGCUGUAAUAUUUUACAACUAGAUAAUUGUGUGUCAGAAAUCUGAUAUUUCUUGACAGGAGGCCUAUGACAAGUUCUUACUCUUUCUGAUUUGAAUUCUUGGCUGACAAUCCCUCCAGUCUCAGGUAAAUUAUUCAGCUCACUCUAAGAUAAUGAACAGAGGCUCUAACAUUAAUCACUUCCUUCAACUUCACAAAGAGUUGCAACUUACUAUGAGAUCUAUGUCAGCUUCAGUUUCGUUCCAUGAAAUUUCACAACAGUUACCAGAAAAACCAAGCCAUGAACUAAUCGUUGUAAAUUAUUACAAGGCUGUGUGUUCCACUCAUUACUCGAAAACUGUCGAGAGUUCAUGGAAUGUGUGUGAUUUUUGACAUCAUGGUGGUGAGAGAACUUCUGGUCUAAACAAAAUUACACAUAAUUGGCAGUGAAAGGGUUCAUAAUAUGAUAUUACUACACUAAUGUCAUGAGAAUAUGAUUUAAAUAGUGCAUGUAUAGAGAUAAAAUCCUGGCCCAUAUAAUUUUGUGUGUACUGUUACCAAUUAAACAUUUUUGAAGAAAUUUAAGUACUGUAAAAAUAAGGUCAGACAACAGAAUCUCUGCGCUGAUGCUAUAAUGAAGAAGCAAUGUAAUGAAGUGAUUUGAUGUGAGUUAACAAACUAACUGAAGAAACACAGUUAUGCUGAGUUCCCUUCUGCAGUUUUGUUGAACUGCUGUAAAGUUCUAAACUGAGAUGGGGGAUCAGUUAACAGAGCAUAUCUUGUGUAUUAUUUUGUGGAUGGGGAAAAAUAAAAGAAGAAUUUGUUGAUAACAAAUAUUAAAAGAUCUUCAUUAAGAGUAGUGUUAUUGGGUUUACACUUGGAAUGUGUGUUAGGUUGUCUGCAGAUUUAAUUUUUGUAAGAAUUAUUUAUAUGCAGGAAAUGAAUUUUUGGUACAUGGACAGCAGUUUUUUCAUAAAUUUUGUAAAAUUCCCAUUUUAUUAAUUAACACUAAAUUAAUUUGAGUAGUGUUUCUAAGGUAGAUAAAGGACCCAUUAAUUUAAAUUUUGAUUCCUAAAAAUGUGUUUGAUAUUAAUUUGCUAUCUAAAAGCUUUAUAUCUUAAAAGAAUUUUCAGUACAAUAUUAGUGACUGUAUUUCAUUUUGAAAUCUGUUGUUAUGUCUAAAAAAUUUUUACACACACUUGUCAGUAAUGUAUUAUAGGACAUUACUAUUUUUAACCAUCAAUAAUUAUUUUAAGGGAUUGGAUAACAAGUUUUGUGGUAAUGUUUCACAUGUGAAACAUUCAUUGCAGCUUUCCAGUUAUCAUACAGUGCAUAAUAUAUAUGUACAUAUAUAGAUAAAUAUUAUAUUUCAAAAUACAGAGGUUUUAUCAUGUAUUGUUCUACUACAUGUUGUAGGUGAUUUAUACUUUUAUUUGUUUCUAAACAUAAAAUAUAAAGGUAAUUUAACUGAUGCCUGUAAGAUUUUCCUGUAUCUGUAAAACAAAUUGUGAUAGUUUAAAUUGCAUUGUUUCAUUUUUGUGCUGUACGAUAUGUAUGCGUACAUGAUUGUUAGAUAUUGAAUAACUUGUGAUACCUGCUUAAAAUAUGGAAACUGUUAUAUCUGAAAAACAUUUUUGUUUAAAUUUCAUUGAAAUGUUAUAUAAUAUUAACCAGUGUUUUAAAGAGAUUUAUAUACUUUUAUGACUUGAAAGACUGAUUCGAGGCAAAUACUUUAUUCAUACAAGCUUAGAAGUUAGCCAAGAGGGCAGCUCUGUUUUUUCUAUGUAGUUUUGUUUGGUGUUAAGACUGUUAUGUUGUAAAUAUUUGUACAUUACUCAUGAUAACUCUUGAUGUAAAUAUUUCAGUGCUCCAGUACAUUUCUCUCUUUUACUUCAAAGCAUUAAUCUCUUCCUUAAAUAGAUAUGUAGGAGUGAUAUCAGAUGCUGCUGCUGUAAUAUUUUGCAACCAUAUAAUUUUGCAACUAGUUUUGUAGCCGAAGGAUAACAGCAUAUUUCUGAUUGAUUGUUACAAAACAGCACAAAAUCUAUGUUUUUAUACCUCUCAAGGUACAUCUUCCAGCCACUCAAGUCUACUAAUGUACUCGAACCAAUUUAAUAGUAUUGCCUGUCUUAUGUUAUGAUAUGUUCAUUUUAUGAAAACAAACUACUUUGUUUUUAAAAGUUUGCAGAAGAGAACACAGGGAAUCUUGCUGUUUAGUACUAACAUUUUGCAGACAUAUGUGGUGAAUUUAAUAAAUAAUUUAAAACUGGAGCUGAUGUGUGCACUGUUUAGCUCUAUAAAGGAAAUAGUAAUGUGAAUCUUCCAUAUUCAGUUCUGCAUCUGCACAAGAAAGAAAUCUAAUCACUAUUAUUACCUGAAACAGAGAUGAUAAAAGCUUUCUUUUAUCAUUUGUUAAUGCUUUCAAAAUGUGUGAAAGUGUCACAAAAAGUACUUUUAAAAAGUACAUUCAAUUCAUAGAAACAGGACACCACAGCUGUUGUGGGCACAAAUAAUAUAGUUUCCUUACAAAUAAUAUGGAUUGAUAAUAUCAGUCAGAUUACAAUGGUGAACAGUAAUGACACAACAGAUGAAGUGUCUGAUAUUUUUGUGCAAAAGUUAUUUGGGAUGUAAUAGAUGUUUAUGACCAAUAAAUUAAAAUUAAUUUUUUGCUCUCUUAGUGCAUUUGGCAGUUACUUUUUUAUACAAAUGCAGGCUUAUGAAACUCAUCAAUACAUUUCUGUAACAUCCUUAGCAUGUAAAAUGCGAAUUUUAUCCAAUCAGUAACUGUGCUCCAGAUGUGGGUGCUUAACAGGCUUGCAUUUAGUAGUAAGUGUCAUAAUUAUUGCAUACAUUAUACUUCAUAUUAUGUGAUGAAUCAACAAAUUUGAACUAAUUUGUGACAAGAAGUUUCUGAAUAUAGUUGUAGCAUCUGUGAUACUUAAUAUGUGAAGAUCCACACUUCACUUUUAAAUACUGUACCACCGAUUAUAAAGUAUUGAUUAAUAUUUAUCUUAAGCUUAUUUUGUACCAAUAUAUAAUUUAUUGUAUUGCAGUUGACAUAAAAUCUUUCCUAGCUUGUUUGAUUUCUGUUUGCUAAUGAAGCCGGAUAAUGACAUUGAUGAUAAAUGAUCUCAAAAUAUAUGAAAUUAUUAAUCUGAAAUUCAGUUAAUAGGCAGUACCUGACAGCAAGUGAAGUAUGACAUACUAAGAAAAGGCAUUUUUUUUACUUGUGACUCACAAUUACAGUAAAAAUUAUUUUGGUAACUUCUUAUGGCUACAAAAGAUCUCACACAAUGAUUUUUAACUGCUGCCAUUUUUUGGAUUUGUGCACAAUAAUACAGUUUUACAUAAAACUCUCAAAAUGUGGGCAAGGAUAUGUGUAUAUUUUCAGAUAAGUUCUUUUAAUGGAAUAACAUCAGUGGUUGUUAAAUUAUAAAAUACAAAAUCAAUUAUAUUUUUAUGAAAUUAAGCAAGAAAUUAAAAUGAUAUCACUGUUUCCUGAGUGUACGAACCUACUUAAAUUUAUAUUUAUUUAGAUUUAUGACACUGUAAUUAUCAUUCUUAUAACAGCUGCUUGCCAUAAAAUGUCUUAAGAAUAAAUAAAAUACAGUGGUAAAUGUAUAAUAUAACAGCAUCACAUUUAUAGUUUGUAUUAAAUUUUCUAAAAAUAACCCUGUCACAGGUUCAUAACUAUGUAAAAGGGAUAGCAGCUUUAAAGGUAAUCAUUUGACCUCAUUGCAGAUUUAAUUAGCAGUUGGGAUGACAUGUCUCUCUAUUAUUUUAUAAUCAUAGAUUCAAUGGAUUUGGUAUGUUUGAGGUUUCAUUCAUUUUAAAAUAGCGAAAAAGCAGGUGAUCAUAUUUCCCAUUUUAUUGUGCUUAGGAGCUUAUCUAGUGUACACAUUGCCUUGAAAAAAAUAAGUGAGCUGUUAGAAGAACCAAAAUUUUUGAGUAUGGACUGAACAGUUUUCAUUAAACUAUUGUGGAUUACCAUUUAAGCUUCAGAAUCUUAUGACAGCCUGGGCACAAUAGUCAUGCAUCACCUGGUUAGAAAAAAAUGAGCUGUUAAAUUUAGUAUGUGACAAGCAAGAUGGUGUAUUUUAUGUAGAGAAUAUGAAGCAAUAUUUUUCCAUUGGUAGCCUUCCAUAGUAAAAACAUUUGACACUUCAAUAUUUUCUACCUUCUAAUGUGAGACCCUUGGUAUCUCCACAUUUAGAAAUUUGGUGAGGGUAAUUGAGGGUAGCAGCCACCAUUACAGUUAGAAACCAGUCUCUGUUGACAGUUCACUGACUGAAACAAAAUGUAAUUUAUGUAAGUGGCCUUACAUUAAUCUGAGAAGAAAAUAAUGUGGUUACUUGAACUUAUUUCAGCAUACUGUUCCAAAUGGCAGUUUAUUUUCUGGUUGAUAAUCAACUUCAGGCACUGUAGGUACUCCAUUACAUUAAGUAUAUUUAAAAUAAAUAUUUUUUUCUUUUAUAAUGUGGUUUAGUUGUCACAAAAUCUUUGAAAGAAGUGAGUUUAUGUGACAAAAAAAUGUGAUUUUGUUUUCAUUGUGGUCUUUGAUGAGGAAUCUGUUGUCAUACAUGACAAAAAUUCCCAGUGUUAUUCUUGAAACAUUAAUAGCUGUAAACAAUUAACAAACGAGAGUAUUAAAACUUGAGAUUGGUACUAAUUUUAAAGGUGAAAUCUUGACUGAUUGAUAAGAUACUGACAGUAUCCAAAGAUAGUUAAGAUCUUAAACAUGCGAGUUAUAACUGUCUUGGGUAACUCCAUUUUUAAUUGGUGUUGAAUUCUAACAGAAAGAAUCUUUGUUAUGUUGGCUCAAAAAUUAUACUUAAGUGUGUAGGUCCUGCGAAUAAUGAAACAAGGCACCAUUGUUUUAUCCAUUUUAACUUGUUCCAGUCUUUACCAAAUAAUUCUUUUGUUGACUUAAACAAACUGAGCACACAUCUAUAGCAUAUGGGACAAUGCUGAAAUUAAAAAUGUCAAGUAAUGUUGAUUUUGUUCAGAUUACUCUAUUCUUACUCAUUAUUUCAUCUUUAAAGUUGAUAGUAUUUUAUCUGUUCAGUUCAUGAUACUACACUGUUCUGCUUUUAUCUGUUGUUGAUACUGGAACAUCACAGUUUAGUUUCAAAAAGAUUCCAUCUACUUGUUGGAUCUCAAUUUAUUUUGAGUUGUGAAUUCAUUAUAUGCAUUAGCUUGUUUCAAGUGAACUGAUGGAGUUUUGUGUUUCUUUCUGUUCUUGCUACUGACUCCCGUUGGAGUAAUAGACUCUUAAGUGUCACAUGGAUUGCACUGCCUGCCAGGUCAUGUGGCAACUAACAUUUGAAUUAUCAGCAAACGUCUUCAGAAAUGAAAGUCACAUGUGUUAUGAAAUUUCUUGCCUUUUCACAGAGUAAUUAUUUAUGAAAUGUGUUGAAAUAUUUAGGAAAUCAAGUGUCUUAUCAAAUCCUAAUUACUUUUUCACUGUCAUUUUCAAUAACUUUUGUGUGAGCUAGAAAGAUACAUUAAUUUUUGUGAUUUUGAAAUUUUUGUGGCAUUGAGCAGAUGUAAUAACAGAAAUUGCAUAUAUUUUGUCUUAUCCAUUUUUAGCAAUUCGCUGUAUAUAUGAUUACAUAAAUAACGCAUAUGAUUGAAAAAAAAAUUGUUGAAAAUUAUUCACCAUGAUAGCCACCAUUCUGUUUAGCAACUUUUUUCCAAUAAUCGUAAAUAUAGAGGGAAGAUUCCUAGUUUUGAAAUUUUCUGCAAAAAAGAUAAAUUUUAUUUCAAAUUAAUUUUGUGCUAGUUAAAAUGAAAAGUAUGACAAACUGAGAACAAUUAUAAGAAAGUUGUAUCCAGUAUAGCCCCUUAAAGCUGCAAUCCCAUUGAAAAUUUGUCUUUUGGUGAUACAUUGAUGCAGCUGAGAACAGUAACACAGAGGAAAUUUGUGUUAAGUGUGGGAGGGAUUUAAAAUUAAUUCAGGCAAUGAAUAUUUUCAGUGGAGUUUCAUGUGCAGUGUAUCACAGCCAUUCUGUAACUUUUAUGGGGUGUAGUUUUAUAAAUACAUAUUUAUAUGUGCUGUUGCAUACAAAUAGCUUGUCUAAUUUUGUGACUAUGUACGUUCCCAGCAAGCACUCAGGGAUUAUACAAAACUGUUAGAUCACUAUUUUUGCCCCUUGCAGGAACAUCCAAUUAUCAUGUGAGAAAUGUACUGUACCACUCAUUAAUUUGAUUACCUCAUGGCAAUUUAAUAUACACUAUAUGAACUGUGUAUGUAAUUUGGUUCUGCACAUGUGAUACUGAAAUAAAGUUAAAAUGUCCUUUACCAAGUGGAAAUUCUAUGGCUGUGCUAGCUUUGCUAACGAAAGAUAAGGCAGAAGAUAGCCAUUACUGCAAAUGUCUCGCGGAACUAUGCAUUAGUGUUUUCAGUUAUUAAAUAUUGUUUAAUUGAUUUUUCUAUCAUAUGCUCAGCUUUUCUCAUUAAAGUUGUGGUGUUGUAAUGAAUGUUACAUAGCACUUACUAUUUUCGGUAUUUUUGCAUCCCGUGGCAAACAAUGGUACUCUCCUAUAGAUCUGCCAGUCCAGAUUCUUUGCUGGUUGUGAUGAGAAAUAUGUGCAGAAAGAUUUUGGAUACAAGUUCUGCUUUGGCAUCAGUAGAACACAAAAGUUUGUGCACUGUUUUCAUAUACAGUGUAUAUACAUUUAUUUUGCUUUGUUAGAUAUAUAGUGAGUACCUGCACCCAUUGGAAAGCAAAAAAUUUACAAAUGACUUGCUGUAGAGUGUAGAGCAUCUAAAAUGUAUUCUGUUUAUAAAAUUUUCAACAUAAGAUACAAAAUAGAGCAGUGCUUUACAUUACAAAUAGAUGUUUAUUAUGAAAAGGGUAGAUUGCUGCUCACAAUAAUAGAAGAGACAUUGAGGUGCAGGUAGGCACAUUCACACAUAAGUGACAACUGUCUCUGUUCAUUGUGAGUUAUCCUUAUGUGAAUGUGUGUGUAUUUUUGCUUUGGAGGAAGACCUUUGGGGUGAAAAGCAAAAUGUAUACCAUCCUUUCUGUUGUGCCUGUCUGUCAACAUCUACUCUGUACUGUGAGUAGUAAUCUGUCCUUCUCAUAAUAUUGCUGUAAUUACUUCCUGGACCUCCCAAUGUUUAAAAAUAAAUGUUUGAAUAAUUAAAAACAACAGACAGUGGCAUAGAAGAGGGAGGGGUGUGUUGGAAGGAGGAGUGGGAAAAAUAUAAAACAGAAUCGUGCUGUUUUACUGAAUACAUGUGACAAUCUCUGUGCAACAAAGUCUACUGUUCCUGUCAAAUCGUCAAAACUCCUGUUUUCUCAGAUUCUGGCAAAAAAUAAAAUAAAAAAUAAAAUAAAAUAAAAAAAUAUAAAAAAUCAUCAUUUAACAUUGCAUCUAAAAUGUCUUUAAUUUUUUCGAUUUCCACUAUAGAUAAUAAUAUUACUUUUCACUUGAGUAAUGCUUUGUCUUACCUGUGAAUGUUUGUACCUAAUGAUUUGAAUUGAUAUGAGUCUGGUUGAUAUUUCACUGUGUUUUAGGAAACACAUAUGUAUUCACUCCAGUUUUUGUGAUCUUUUGAUUUUGCCUGUUUUGUACCGCCAUCUCUUCCUAGGGAUUAUUUGUGUGCAGAGUGUCUGUACUCGGUCUCUAAAAUUUUGUAGUUAUUAUUUUCUAUAACCAGGUGCCAUUCCUGUCACCACAUUGUCAUACAUGCUAAAGUGAGAAAGACAGCUGUGUAUCCCGUCUUUCUGUGAAUUGUCUCAAUUUUAAAUUUUGAGCUAAAUGAUUUAGUGUAUAUCUGUUAUGGGGGCUAGCUCAUAUUUACCAAUACAAUGUUGGGAUACCACUUAAAAACUGCGUGUGGGCUGCCAGGUAUACCAAACCAAUGGUCAUUCCUAUAGCACAUAGGUUUGAAGCAUGUAUGUUUCAAUUCCUUUUUUGGAAACUUGGAGUAUUCGGCUACCAAAGCACAUUAUAAAUUGAUAAAGUUAUGACACCUUCUGCAGUAAGUCCAGGUAUAUGUUCUUAUCAGUAGUUUUAGAAAGUUUUGUAUCUUGUUGUUGUGGCCUUCAGUCUGAAAACAGGAUGUAGCUCUCCAUGCUAGUCUAUCUUGUGCAAGCCAUUUCAUUUCCCAGUAACUACUGGUAUAUGUAUGAAAAAUCUGCUCAUGGAAAAAGUGAAAGAAGGCAGUCAGUGGUAUUUUGACAAAAUCAAUGUGCUUACUAUUUGUUUUGCUUCCUGAAUUUAUGCGAUUGCCACAUAUUUAAUUUGCUUCCCUACUUCCAAACACAUCACAGAAUAUGCAUUUAUUAUUACAGUUAUCUAAACACAUCACAGAAUACACAUUUCAUAUUUCAGUUAUCAUUUUUAUGUAUAAAAUUGGUGAAAAUGCUUGCAGAUAGCUAUAAAAUGUAAAACAAAAGCCGAAAAGUCUACAUUAGACUCAUAUUGUGAGGAUUAUAUGAUAGACAAUCGCAGAGGACAAAACCUUGCAAGUGUAUUCUUGGCAAGCCAUAGAAUGUUUCACGUUUAUGUAAGGGAAAAUUUGUUUCAGAAUACUGCAGAACACGAAAAUACAAAAAGAAAACUGAAAUAAAAAUUGGAAACAAUGAUAAACCUGAGUGUUUGUUGUUGCUUACAUAUAAAAGUGUUGAUUGAAAUUUAAAUGUAAUAAUUGUAUAAAUGUAAUGCUAAAUUCACAUGCAAAAAGUACUAUUUUCUAUUUAGUUCUACUCAGUUCAAUGCAGUUGACUUCACUGCAUAACGUUAAUCAAAUAUAAUGUUGUAGCUGCAUAUAACAGAGUAAGUUUUUAUAGAAACUUGUAGUUAAACUUUCAGUGUGGAGCAAAGUGUACUAGAUCUAAUGAAUGGGUUAAAUACAAGUGUACAGCUGAGUGUAAAUGAAGUCAUGCUGUUUAUUUCACAUUUAUCAAAUGAUUCAGUCCCAUGUUACAUAAUUUGAUUUGGUUGUAAUAUUAAGGUGAUGUAGUAGAUUAUGUUGAGCAAUAAAUUGUUCUAAAUGUUGCACUUAGAAAUCCGAUAAAAAUUUAAUGAUAAUUAAUAAUAAACAGCAGUAGUUGUUGUCCAGCUCAUGCUAUCAGUUGGUGAUUGAAGUAUAUCUAAUGGAACUGUUAAGCAGUUUGCUUUAAAGGGAAUAGUGCAUUGUGGCAUAUGAAUAAGGACAGAUUUACAGAUAUAUUAAUACAUUAAACCUUGAAGUUGUUGUUAAUAUAAAAUGUGGAGUACUGUAGUAUAUAUGUAUAAACUGAGACAUUUAUGUUUCUUUUUAAUCAUUCAUUACUACAAUAAGCCCAUUUAACUUGCACGUGAAGGUGUGUACUCUUUGAUGUUGAGUAGUUGUAGUCACCUAAAUACCUGUUGUUUAUUGCAGUAUAAAUGUUUUAGUUUGCUACGCAGCAGUCAAUCUGGUGCAGUAAUGAGUUAGCAUAUUUCUAUCAUGUGGUUUGUCUUUUUAUGGAUUGAAGUCUGUAUAUGCAUGUUUCUAUAUUUACAAUCAGCACUUGAGGGUAUAGUGCAAAGCAUGAAUGGCACAACUGUGCAGGAACUGAUAUUUGUGUAUGUCGUCCAGAAUCAGAUUAAGACUGACAAGCUUGUGCCUUCUGAUCCUUACAAGCAAGAAUACUACCUUAUGAAAUCUGCUAUCAGGUCAGUAAAACCAGUUCAGAUCUGUAAACAGAUAACUGGUGACUGUAUCACUGCUGAUAGCAUUACAGAGUAGUUGUAACACCACAUAGUAUUUUCUUCUGAAAAAGUACAAUGGUUAAUGAAUUAAUUUUUUGAAAUUUAACUGUCAAAAUGACAAUAGUAAUUGCAUUGAAGUAAAACCUGGAGUGUAAUGCAGAUAAUUAUUUUUCAUACAUUUUUCUGUGUUGGCUGAAGCUGAAGUUAGCACUCAUUUGGUUAUCUCAUGCAGAUCUCCGCAGCAGCUUCAGUCAUAUGGAGUUUCACCAUUUCACAACCAUAACUAGACGUUAUUAAUGGAGUGGAUAUCAUUGUCUCAUUAUUUUGUAUACAAAUUAUUUCCAUUGUUGUAGGACAAUGAAUAUGUGACUGUGUUGUGAAUACAAACAUUUCUUUUCAAGUAAAC